ACACUAUCUACUACCUUAUUGACAGUUGCUCUAUAAAAGGGUCUAUGAGCUCAAGAGGUACUCAUUCACUAACCACUCCCGUUCUAUAAGUAAACUAGACAAGUAUUUAAUCAUCUGGAAGAAAUGGCACAGGCUAUGUUGAAGCCUUCUUUACAAGGAGAGGUUGAGGCAGAUAUUGAGAUCAAAGCUCCGGCCACGAAAUUCUUCCACAUGUUUGCAGUGAGACCACAAGAUGUGUCUAAAGCCUCUCCUGAAAAUGUCCAGGCAUGUUGUGUCGAAGGGGGAGAGAUGGGAAGAGUUGGCACUCUCGUCAGCUGGAACUAUGUUCAUGAUGGGAAGCCAAAGUUUGCCAGGGAGAGGAUCGAGGCAGUGGACCCGAAGAAGAAUAUGAUCAAGUUCAGAGUGAUAGAAGGAGAUCUGAUGAAAGAGUUCAAGAGCUUCCUAUUCACGAUCCAGGUGACUCCGAAGCAAGGAGGACUUGGAAGUGUGGUGAAAUGGAACAUGUCAUACGAGAGGAUUGACGAAAGCGUUGCUCACCCGGAGUCUCUGCUCCAAGUGGGUGUAAAAAUGGCCAAAGACAUCGACGAAAUGCUCUCAUCUAAGGAAUAGACACUCGUCCAACAUCUACAUAUGUAUCUAUCUUUAUGUCUUUGGGUGUUUUCUAAGUAUCAAUAAUGUGCUCUCUCUAGAUGUAAAGAGAUUUGAGUGAUAUGAAAAUGUGUUAUCAGAAAUGUCUAUUUAUUAUGUUUUUGGGUGAUAA